CGGCACGUCCCGGACUCCCAGCAGCUCCGGGCAUUCCCCUCCCGCUUUGGGCCUGCGGCUCCGCCUCCCCGGGGCCGGGCCAGCUGAGGCGGGGCCGGGCCGCUUAUAAAAUGCGCGGCCGGGGGGCUUGUGCUAGCCGCUUGAUCAUCCUACCGCCACUAUCACACCCGAGCACCAUGCAGCGCCUGUCAGCGAGGCACCCCGGGGCGCUCUGCGCCGCUCUGCUUCUCCUGGUGGCCGCCAGCGCUGCCGAGUCGGUGAGAGAAACUGAGACCAUGGACCCAGAGAGGUAUGGAGAGGACUAUUUCUCUUCUGGAGCUUUGCCAGAUGAUGAAGAUAUCAGUGACCCCAGGCCUGACUUGAGCAAGGAGAGUGACUGGUUUUCUGGUUCUGGAGAUGAUGAUGCUGAAGAUGACAUUGCUUCAACCACUGAAGAGAGUCCUAUGUUCUCGAGUGACAACUAUAUCCCUGAAGAUACCGGUAAGGGGACAAAGGAUGUGGAUGAAAACCUGGUGGUAGACAAUGAAAUAACUCCACGUAAAGUCUUGCCCGCUGAGAAAAUGGAUCCGUCCAACAAGAUUUCCAUGGCCAGCACAGCCAAUGGCAGCCUCUUUGAAAGAACAGAAGUCCUUGCAGCUCUUAUUGCAGGUGGGGCAGUUGGGCUGCUGUUUGCUGUCUUCCUGAUCCUCCUGUUGGUCUAUCGCAUGAAGAAAAAGGAUGAGGGCAGUUAUGAUCUUGGCAAAAAACCAAUCUACAAGAAAGCGCCUACAAAUGAAUUCUACGCUUAAAGCCACCAGCACCUUGUGCCCCUCUAGGGACAAAAACUGAUUGUUAAAGCAUUUGGACCUAAGCUAAGAUGCUUCCAACAAAUGCUCUCUUGGAUCUAAUUUCAAAGCGAUUAAAAAAAAAAAAAAAAUCUUUCUGUGCGACCCUUCCAUCCUGCUAAACUAACAAGGGCACAACAAAUGUAAAGCAUCUGGGAGUGGAACAUUGUCAUGGCUAUAUUGGGGGGAGGGGGAGUGCAAAUGAUUGUCAAAUUCCUUAUUUUUGGUUUAGGGGAGGGUGUAUACAUGUGUGUUUGCAUCUGGUGUGCAACUCUCCAAUUUGCCUUGUUUUGUAGAAGGUUUUUUAUUCUAUUUCCCCUGUAGUAUUGUGCCUGUCCUGCAGCAGGCCAAUCAUAUAAAGCAUUUUAUAGAGAAUUAUCUAUGAAUCUCUUACACUACAGCGUACCAUUGCCUUAUCAGGGAGUAGCUGUGCCCUUGGCUCAGGAUGCCCAUAUGCCCUAAAGGGCCCAUGGGAGAAAUAACUAUGUGGCCUAAAUGGCUCUUAGGGAGAAGUUUCCUAUUCCUUUUUGGCCCUUGGUAGGGUCACAAUCUGCAAAAUCAGGAAAGCCUCUUGGCUUGCUUGACUCUGAGACUAACCUUUCCCUGCACCUAGCCUCUUACAAGUUGGAGAAUUACCUUUUAAUGUAGGAUUUUAUAAUUUUUUUAAGUAGGAAAAAUAGCCUAAUGUGUUAUGUUUGUAGAAAUAGUACUGAAAUAAAAAAAAACAUACUUUUUAAAAAAUUCCUAAGACUUUUUUUUUUUUUUUUUUAAUUUUUAAAUCCUUUGUUUCCUUUGGCUGGGCAUUUCUCUAGAUGUAUAUAUUGUGUUUUAUACAAUUCAUAUUCUGAACUGAAGCAGGAUUGGCUACAGUAUGUUACAGGUUUCCCUUUCUAUAUAGCAGCUACUGUAUGCAAUUGAUAUAUUUAUGGGGAUUUUCCAUAAUUUUUUGAUUUGAUUUUUAUAGGAUUAUUUAUGGUUCCUUCUCAUGUUUUGGUUUUUUGGUUAUUUUUUCAUUUUUAUAUAUAAAACACUAAUAUAAUGAAUCUCUUAUGAUUGUGAAAACUAUUUAAGCUUUAUUCUGUGAAUUUUUAAUUAUAAACUGAAGGCAAUAACUUCUGCUAGAAUUACUCUGUAUGCAAAAUUGGAUUCUUAAAACAUGAUUAAAGUAUAUUAUAGGGAAAGAUGGGAAUUUUUAUCCUGUAAUAUAUUGUAAUCAGUCCUAUAGAGCUAUAUAUUUUAUAUAUAUAUAUAUAUUUUUUCCAGCAAAGUGUACAAAUGUUAAGAAUAAAAAGGCUAGAGGUUCUGGGGCUUGUGCAGCCUUACUGUGUGUAAGGGAAGGGCGUAUUGGUCUGUUUAUAUGCUGCUCUUUGUGCAAUGUCUUGUUUAUGUUGAAUGCAGUAAUAUUUUCCUUGUUUUGUUCAUCACAGCUGGGGGUCAGGCUAAUGGUUGCUGAACUAGCCAGGUCACUAACGCUCUGUGUGCCCCCUGAAUGCAGCGGCCAUCACAUUAACUUCCAUGAAUUAGAAACAGUUGCUGUGUUGAAAAUGCCAGCCUUGCUCCUUCAUAUUCAGGAGGUGGAGCUGAGAUCCUUUCCCCUUAUUUCAAAGUGACACUUCUAAUUUGCAGUAGAGCUGCAAACAAAAGUUGGAAGCUCACUGUUCAAAGGAAGUAACCUUUACCUUUUCUCUUGCAAAAUUGUUGUUCAGUUUAUAGGCUAAGCUAUUUAAGAGAUUUUGAACUAGUCUCCUUUGGUCCCUUUUGCCUUCAGAAGGAUGGCUUUCAGUAUUUAAAAUAUUGUUUGAUCAUGUCUCUUGCUAAGGGUGGCUGUAUGGGAACACUGACUUCCUCAAGCCACUUGCUGUUAACUUUUUUUUAAGGGGUUUUAAUGCAUCAUUUAAGCAGAUCCUACCUCUGUCAGAGUUGGUCCAGUUCCACAAAACAUUCAUAGAGUGAAUAGAAGAUGCAUUCCUGUCCUACAGGGUUUUCUGGCAGUCUUUGGCUAGUUCCAGAAUUGGUAUAUAAAACACCCACUUAUCUUGGUCCUGUUGCAUCAGUCUUACUUGCUAGAUCUGAGUCUCUACCUUUCCAGAUACAAUGAAGAUUACAGAAUAGCUGACUGUGGGGUGGCUUUUUGUGUGUGGAGAGUGGGGGCAACUACAUACAGUGUAGCUCAUAAAAAUUAUACUGGUUCUGAAGGCCCUGGAGAAUCUUUUCAUAGACUUUAGACCUGAUUCUCUUUCCAUUUGUAGUUAUGCACCUGUUAUAACUUAACUGAAAUCAGUGCAGUUACACCUGAUUCUAGACUGGUGUAAGGAAGAGGAUCUCUUCUGUGUUCUAUAGCUGUGGGCAAGGGGUCUCCUCUCUGUGGACUCCAUGCUAAGGCUUGAUCCUGUAGCUUAAGAACCCCUGCAAUGAAGUCUCUAGCAGAAGUCCUGUCUCUCCCCCCCACUCUUUUUUUUUAAAUGGGUACCUUUCAAUUCAAAGACCAGCCCAUCCCAGGGCCUAGCUCUGGAAUGAAUUAAUAUGUGGAAACUUAAUAUUUUUUUAAUUCUGCUGUUAUGGAAAUAACCCAUUUGCAACCGUUGUCUACAGACCGUGCCACCUGUGAAACAUGAAUUGUCGUUCUUUUGAUGUUUGGAAGAGAUUCUCUCAUGUAAUUGUGCUUUUUUUUGUUUGUUUGUUUUUUUGUUUGGGUUUUCCCCCACUGGUACUUUAUCAAAUAAACUGGUACUUUCUAAAAA